GCCGCGCUUCCCUGUGGCCCCCAGGGCCACCGGCCCCCAGCGGAGGGGGGCGGGAGCUCAGGGAUGCGCCGCCGGGAGAGCGCUUCCUGCUUCCCGCGGCCCUUCUUCCGCGGGGUGGAGCCGGCCGGGAGGUUCCGGGUCGGCGGGGAACGCUGUUGCCGCUGCUGCCGUGGCCGGGAGCGACUCGGAGGGACCGCCGCCAUGAACCGCUUCUUCGGCAAGGCGAAGCCGAAGGCGCCCCCGCCCAGCCUCACCGACUGCAUCGGGACGGUGGAUAGCAGAGCUGAGUCAAUUGACAAGAAAAUCGCUAGGCUUGAUGCAGAACUAGUGAAGUAUAAGGAUCAGAUGAAGAAGAUGAGAGAGGGACCUGCAAAGAAUACAGUAAAGCAGAAAGCACUGAGAGUGUUAAAGCAGAAGCGAAUGUAUGAACAACAGAGGGAUAAUCUGUCACAGCAGUCUUUUAAUAUGGAACAAGCUAAUUACACUAUUCAGGCACUGAAGGAUACAAAGACAACGGUGGAUGCAAUGAAACUGGGGGUGAAAGAAAUGAAGAAAGCGUACAAGCAAGUCAAGAUUGAUCAAAUUGAGGACAUACAAGAUCAGCUGGAGGAUAUGAUGGAAGAAGCCAAUGAAGUCCAGGAGGCACUGAGUCGUAGCUAUGGAACACCAGAUAUUGAUGAAGAUGAUUUGGAAGCAGAACUGGAUGCGUUAGGUGAUGAGCUUUUAGCUGACGAAGACAAUUCCUACUUAGAUGAAGCCGCAUCUGCACCAGCAAUCCCAGAGGUCACUCCUACAGACACAAAAAACAAAGAUGGUGUAUUGGUGGAUGAAUUUGGAUUGCCAAAGAUCCCUGCAACAUAAAUGUUUCAAAAGCACAAUGGAUAUAAUGAACUAUACUUUACAAAUUGGUUUUUUUUUUUUUAAAUCCUGGAGAGCUUGUCCUUCCAGUGUAACCUUAAUAUCACUACAUCCUAGAAUGCAAUAUGAAUGGCUGGUGGUGUUCUUUCUUUGAAGAAAGUUGUUCUGCUACUGACUUUUCUGUUAAUGGAAAACUCGUCACAAUUCCCUUCGGUGGAAGCAGUCAGUCUUACAGGUUUUGAUUUCCAUGUCUUAUGGACAAAGUAAAACAUUAAGAGUAGUGGUGGCUGUUGAUAGCUGAGGUUUAUUUUGACUUUGUAUUAUGUUUCUCUUUCUUGAGACUAAGACUGUACGUUGCUGCUUACUCUCUGUAAAAUAGCUCCCUUAUUACUAUGCUUAUUUGAUAAAAGAACUCAAUGCAAUUUUUAAACUACUGCAGUCUCGAGACUUUUAUGCGAUUGUACUUGUAACCUUUCAGAAAACUGUACCAAAUCGGGUUGUCGUUAACUUUAUGUAUUCUAUGGAGACAUAAAACCACGUAGAUUAGCAGA